GUUGCCAGAGCAGUUUUAUCUGAUGCACCACAGUUCUCUGAAGGAAAAGAAAUAAAAUUAGAGGAACUAAUUGACUCUCUGGGUUCUAACCCCUUCUUAGCAAGGAAUCCGAUUCCCCGCACUCCAGAAAACUUGAUAAAUGAAAUUAGGAGUUCAUGGAGAUAAGCUAUUGAAAUGGAAGAAAAACAGAACUACAGGACCCAUUCAAAUGGAUACUGAGCAUAGAGAAGUAUUGCCAGAAUCACCGUCUGUGUGGCAUGAUCAAAGAGAAUUUAGCAUGGCCGAUUUUCUCUCUGAAACCACUGUAUCAGAUUUUGGCCAGUCUCAUUCGACUGAAGAGAAAGAUGUUUCAGAUUGCAAGGUGGGUGUGCCUCAGAAACGUGUGGUGACCAGUCACAUAGAUGAACCGCUAACACAAAAUCAGUCAGGUUUGUUAAAGAAGAAAGUAAUUUGCAAGCAAGAUUUGGAAUGUAUAGCCUGAACCAAGCUUUCAGGAACUAGCCAAAUGGAGACACUCUCCCCUGCUGUCGGCAACAGGAUAGAUGUGAUGCGUGGCAGUGAAGAGGAGUAUACUAAAACGCUGGACCACUUGCAAGCUUCUUGUAACAAGCCUUCCACAAAUAAAACUGCCUUGUGGAACUCUUUUCAGAUAUCAAGUGGAAUUAGUUCUGAGAGUUUUAAAGAUACUGAUUUUGGCAUAUUACAUGAAACUCUUCCGGAAGAAGGUGGUCACCUAAGUUUUAAUAGUUCCAGUAGUUCAGAGGCCAAUUCUAAACUGGAGCCAAAUAGUCCUAUGCGUGGUGGCAUUCUUCUAGAACAUGUUGUGGAAAGGAGACAGACUACUGCAGAAUCAGACUUCAAUAUUCAGGCUCUUUGCAGUAGCUAUGAGGCUCUAAAGAAAUGGCUUUCCAAGAAAAGGGAAGAAUCUUACCUCCGGAAUCCCCUAACACCUGAAAGACACAAACCAGUAUUGAGUCCUACUACCCAAAGUGUACAAACAGAGGAUAUGCUUAACUUUUUGGACACCCAUGAUUUAUUUGCAUACUGACCAUACAGAGCCAUCGUUACGCAUGUCCAUUGGUGAAAGAAAACAGUCUCUUUCACCGCUAAUUAAGUUUUCUCCAGUGGAACAAAGACUGAGGACCACAAUAUCAUGUAGUCUUGGAGAACUACCUAAUUUGACAGGCUGGAGUGCAAUGGCGCCUGGGGGCCACCGUUGACGUGGAGCACUCCCAUGUCCGAUUCCUGGGGAACCUGGUGCUGACCCUGUGGGACUCUGGCGGUCAGGACUCCUUUAUGGAAAAUUACUUCACCAGCCAGCGAGACAACAUCUUCCCUAACAUAGAGGGUUUUAUUUACGUGUUUUACAUGGCGAGCCAUGAACUGGAAAAGGAUAUGGAUUAUUACCAGUCAUGUCUGGAGGCCAUCCUCCAGAACUGUCCUGAAAUUUUCUGCCUGGUGCACAAAAUGGAUCUGGUUCAGGAGAAUCAGCAUGACCUGAUUUUUAAAGAGCGAGAGGAAGACCUGAGGCGUCUGUCUCGCCCGCUGGAGUGUGCUUGUUUUCGAACGUCCAUCUGGGAUAAGACGCUCUACAAAGCCUGGUCCAGCAUCGUCUACCAGCUCAUUCCCACUGUUCAGCAGCUGGAGAUGAACCUCCGGAAUUUUGCCCAAAUCAUCGAGGCCGAUGAAGUUCUGCUGUUCGAAAGAGCUACGUUCUUGGUUAUUUCCCACUACCAGUGCAAAGAGCAGCGCGACGUCCAUCGGUUUGAGAAGAUCAGCAACAUCAUCCAGCAGUUCAAGCUGAGCUGCAGUAAAUUGGCCGCUUCCUUUCAGAGCAUGGAAGUUAGGAAUUCCAACUUCGCGGCUUUCAUCGAUAUCUUCACCUCAAACGCGUACGUGAUGGUGGUCAUGUCAGAUCCGUCGAUCCCUUCUGCGGCCACCCUGAUCAACAUUCGCAAUGCCAGGAAACACUUGGAGAAGCUGGAGAGAGUGGAUGGCCCCAAGCACAGUCUCCUCAUGCGUUGAAUAGUGCCAAAUGCUCUUUCUGAAGAUGCCGAGUUGCCUUUUUUGUUUGCAUCCUUUAUUUUUAAUAUUCAUAAUGUUGUGUGCUUAAAAGUGGGCUUUGAAGUGUGUGCUGCUUUCUCCUUUCAUCUUUCUCCCCUGCUCUCCAGUCUUUAAACCUUGGACGCUACUUACUCAGCUACCCAGUAGCGCUUGAAGCUGGCUCUUCUGAGAAGAUGGUAUGGUGUAACACUUUAAGUCGGUGGUUCGUGCGUGUUCUGAUUACCUGGUUAUAAUAGAUAUGCACAUCAAAGCCUUUACCAGUAUCUUCCUGUAUUCCGUAUCAGAUUGCAAAGAUGGAAUGUUACUAUUUUAUCAGCAAGGUAUUAAAAUGCAUUUAUAAAUUCUUCUUGGCUUCAUUCAUGAAUAAACGUGUUAGCAAUUUAAAA